AUGAGCGACAGCAGUGACAGUGAAUUUGAUGAUUUAGCAAAAGCAAUCAAAACAUUUGAUAGCGAUAAUGAAAGUGAAAAAGAAGAAAGUGGUCAAAGUGAAGACGAAUCCGAUGAUCAUGUUGAAGAAAAUGCAAAUUCUGCAAAUAUAAAACGAAAACGUAGAAAAGUUGACGAAUUGAAUUCCGAAGAGCAGAAAGAAUUGGAAAAGUUUCUAUUUGGUGACAAAGAAAGUUUAAUUAAGAACUUAGAAGGAAACAAAAACAUUUUUACUGAUGUCGAUGGCUCUCAUAGUGAUGAUCAAACAAAUACUCGAAACCCUGUUUGGGAAGAUCCUGAUGAUGAAGAUUUCAAGAAAAAAUCUUUACAUGGAGAGUCACAAUUGAAAAGAAAAUUUGAAAGAAUCACUGGAAGUAAUCCAUCAUGGGCACAAUUAGAUAAGAAGAAAGAAGUUUCAGAUGAUGAUGACAGUGAUGACGAUUUCUCGAAAACUGUUGGAAGUCUCGCAAAGAAAACAACUUCGAAAUCUCUUCCAAAAGGAGAAUUAGAAUUCAAACGUCUUUCUAACAUUAACAGAGCCUCUGCAAAAGAAGGUAGAAUAACAUCAAUUGAGUUCCAUCCAAAGUCUACUGUCGGAAUUGUUGCUGGAACUAAAGGAAUGGUCAGCAUGUUUUCAAUUGAUGGACGUGAAAAUAAGAAAAUUCACAGUAUAGAGUAUGAAAAAUAUCCAAUAUAUUCUUGUAAACUGAAUAAGGAUGGCGAUGAGAUGACUCUUGGAUCAACUGAUCCAUUCUUUCACACAUAUAAUCUUCUCACUGGAUAUAAACAACGAACACGUCUACCAAAAGAUAUCAAAAACUUCAAGAGCUUUGAGAUCAGUCCAUGUGGAAAGUACAUGGCAUCGAUUGGUGAAUUCGGUGAAGUUCAUCUCUUGCACGCUUUGACAAAAGAACUUCUUUGUACUUUAAAGCAAGAAUAUCAAAGCACUUCAUUAAGCUUUUCGAUGGAUUCCAACAAGCUCUUCUCACACAGCGAUGAUAAUGAAAUAAAUAUUUUUGAUCUUCGAGCACAGCGAGUUGAACAUCGUUUCGUUGAUGAAGGAUGUGUGAAUGGGACGACGUUAUCGAUCAGUCCAAAUGGAAGAUUUAUUGCGACAGGAAGCAGACAAGGAUUUGUUAAUUUAUACAACUAUGAAGAUGUAUUCAAGAAUAAAAAUCCGAAACCUGAGAAAGCCCUUUCCAAUUUGACGACAGAGAUAACUGAACUAAAAUUCAAUCCGAUGUCGGAAAUUUUGGCUAUUUGUUCUGUUGAUAAGAACAAUGCUGUGAAGCUUGUUCAUUUACCUUCAGCUACUGUUUUUAAGAACUUCCCAGUACAGCGUGAUGAGUUGGGAAAAUCACAAACAACAAUGGAGCGAUCAAGCGUUCAAUCAACAUUUUGCGAGUCUGAGAACUUUCAACAUGCUGGACAAGUUAGCACAUCAAUCACCGAUAAUUUAAAGAAUUUAAAGAAAAAUUUGGUUAAAAUCUCAACAAAUGUUACACAAGUCACUUAUCUCAAUAUGCGAUGUAUACGCAAAGAAUAUUUUCGAAUUUGUCAAUCAAAAAACUUCUUUACAAAAUUAGAUUUAAACGAGUGCACUGAAAUUCGAAAACUUCUCACAAAGGUUAAGCUGACGCAUCCCGAAUUAUUUUCAAAGGAAGAAUUUUUAAAGACACGAAAUUCAAAUACGAAAAGUUUCUCAGAAACGCAAGAAACAACUUUCGAUCGUCCAUCAUCAGAUACAAUGUUAUCGGAAAAUGUUCUUGAUGUAAAUUCAGAAGUUUUCAAGGUUCCUGAGAUUCCUCAACAAAAGAGAGUCACAAGAAGCACUGUCAAAAAACAGACAAUCGAGAAAGAAACACUUCAAAAUUCUGUUCAAGAUAGUUUGACAACUAAGUACAUGCGCAACUCACAGCAACCUGUUGCUGCUGACAUCAGUGACACACAUGAUAACUUAACACUUUCAGAGAAAAUUAAGCUAUACAAAAAAUCACAGUCUCGUUAUGUGGAUGUUGAAAAGCCCAAAAAGAAGAAAGCACUCAGCGCCACAACGAGUUUGGUGUCGAUACCAAAUACAUUUAACACAAUUAAGCUUAGUAUGCUCAAUAGUGGACUUUUAUCCUUUGAUAAGGUUAAACUGUCUGUAAAGGAUGAGAAUAAUCCGCUUUCACAAACAAUACCCGAUGCCCCAACAGAGCUAAAGUUUUUCAUUAAACUUUGUGAGCAGCGACGCAAAUUUCCAGUUUUGUACAAAAUAGAAUUUACUACUGCUGUUGAAACACAUUCAUGUCGACAUGCAACGAAAAGAAAUAAUGUAGAGAAAAAUCAGAAUCAGAAGACAAUUCCGUACGACUUUAAUCGGGUGGUGUUGGAGAAGAUUCAAGGAAUAGCCGACUCCGACUACAUCAAUGCUUCUUAUGUCGAUAGCCUUUUAAAGCCGAAUGCUUACAUUGUAACUCAAGGACCAACCGAGGAGACUGUUUUCGAUUUUUGGCGCAUGGUUUGGCAGGAAAAUGUUAGCUGUAUCGUGAUGCUGACAAAAACAUUUGAUUUCACGAAAAUCAUGUGCGUACAAUAUUGGCCGGCGUCAAAAGAGAAAGACGAAUGCUAUGGUGACACGCCAGAACAUCAAAUUUAUAUCGGAGUGGCGAAAGAAGAAGAACUGGCAAACUUCCACAUUCGAACAUUUCGUCUUUACAAAAUGCACAACAAUGUGAAAGUCGAGGAAAGGAUGUUGUUGCAAUUUCAUUACACGGAGUGGCAUUCACACACGUGUCCCUUCUCUAAUGCGAUUCUCGAGUUUCGUCGACGGGUACGCUCAGUAGUAGGCAGCACGUUGAAGUCGGAUAGACCGAUGUUGGUGCAUUGUAAUGAUGGAGGUGGCCGAAGUGGUGUUUAUCUGGCAAUUGAUUCAAACAUUGAAUUGGCAGAAGAAGAAGAUUCAUUUUAUGUUUUUGGAUAUUUGAAGAAGCUUCGUCAAUCACGAAAGGGUUUGAUUGAGAAUGUCGAGCAGUAUAAGUUCGUGUACGACACACUUGAAGAGUACGUGGUUUGUGGAAAUUCAUUUUUCCCAGUUAAGGAUUUAUCCGUGAAAUUAAAACAAAAGAGUGCAAAGGAUCCAACCACAAAAUUAAACGAAUAUCAGAAAGAAUACGCUCAAAUUUGCAAGCAAACACCUCGAUUUUCCAUUGGUGAUUGUGCUGGGGGACAUCGAGGUGACAAUCGAGAGAAGAACCGAGACGUGCUUUGUGUUCCUCCUGAUAAUUUCCGUCCAUAUCUGACGUCGUUUCAAGGCAAUGCCUUCACUGAUUACAUUAAUGCAGUCUUUGUAGACGGCUAUACAAAACCUCGAGAGUAUAUCGUAACUGAAUGGCCAUUGAAAGCUACAUGCGGCGAGUUCUGGAGUUUAGUUUAUGAUCAUGAAUGUUCAGCCGUCGUUGUGCUUUGUCAGCCACCACACAACUCUCAAACUUAUCCAGCAUGUUGGCCAGAAGGUCGUCACUCGAAAAAAUACGGACCAGUAUUCACAAUCGAUCACAUUUCUCACAAUCAUUAUACAAACAUUAAAACAUGGAUAUUUCGAAUUAACAAGAAAGUGAUUUCUCUAACAGAGUUAAUGGCAGGCGUUAAAGCGGUUCCACGAACUGUUCAAUUAUUUCAAUUAACAUGUUGGCCUUUGGGACAUAAAGUACCGACAAGUACCAACAGUUUAGUUGAGUUGAUGAACAUGGUUGAGAGAUGGCGUCAGAAAGCUAAUGGACCAGUUUGUGUGGUAUCACCGGAUGGUCGAAGUCGUGCUGGUGUUUAUUGUGCUGCUAAUGCUUGCAUUGAGCAAGUCAUUCAACAUUCAGAAGUUGAUGUUUUUCAAGCCGUCAAGACAGUUCGUCGUCAUCGUCCACAAUUGGUUGAUAACAUGACGGAAUACAAAUAUUGUUACGAUUUGGUGUUACACUACGUGCUCCAUUACUUAAAUAAGGAAAACGAAAAGAAGUUCAUUGAUUUUGGUCGCGGAAAAAACAUCCCACUCACCCCAGAUGACAGUAAUUUGGAGAAAAUUAGAAUUAAAUCGAACACGGGUCGUAUUGUUAUAGACAAGACGAUAACCGGGUUGGGAUUGAAGAAUAAUUUGUAUAACAAUUUGAAUGAGACGCAAGACAGCCGCUAUGUUAUCGAUAAGAAUGGAAAGAUUUUGGAACGAAAGAAGAAAGGUCGUUUGUAUAGUUUAGGUGGCAAUGAGCCGAAAAGAGAAAGACAAAGUCAGUUGGUUCGUAUGAAGACAGUUGGAACAUUUGAUUUGUGUAAAGAUGUGACAGCGUUAGCUUGUGGAUUUAAUCAAAAUAUCGAACCAAUCUUAGAGCCACAGGAAAACGAAGUCAUCGAUGAUGCAAGUGUAAAGUUGGAAGAUGAAAUUGCAUCAAACGCUGGUUCAAUUAGCAUUUCGCCAAAAAGACAAAGACACAUAUCCACAUCGGAAAAUUCAUUAGCUGUUGAUGAUAGUUCAAUUAACUCAAAUAUUAAGAAAAAAUUUAGGAGUUUAAGUUCAAGUUCAUAUUUAAUGGAUCAUGAUCCGAAUGAGUUUCGCAGUAAGUCAGCGGAUUUAUUGGAUGCCGCUGAGAAAUUUGAAGAAAUUUUAACAACAACUGUGAGUGCAUCUAACAUUGCCAAUAAAUCAGUUGAAAACAUCUGUGAAAGUUAUAAAAACGAGACAGACGUUGAGAAUUUAAAUUUAAUUAAAACAAUAAAUUGUGAAGAAAAUUUAAAUGAUCAAUCGGAGAAUUCAUCACAAAUUCCAGUUCAAAUUCGAAGAAGAACAUUCAAGAAGAGUAAGAAGAUUGUGCGAACUGAUUCAGAAUUAUUGAAAGAUAAAAUAAUUGCGGUGACAGCUGAAAUUAGCCCAAGUCCCUUUAAGACCCCACCAAGUCCAACAAUUCAAAUGUCCAUGGCAAAUUCAAGGGAAGGAAGUCACGACAAUUCAUCGAGAAACAUUUCAACCGACACUGUCUUUUCCGAUAUGGCCGAGGAAGAUGACGAGAAUAUUGAUUUGGAAAAAUUGGAGCUCGAAUACAAAGAACAUGUGAAAUCGAAUCUUCAACGUGAAUAUAAAAGCGACGGCGAUUCAUUAGAUGAAGUUGGAAAAGAACGUUACAUGCCUGAUGAAUGGAAGAAUAAAAGCAUUGAUUUUGAGUUCCUUGAAGAUGAUCAACUACAUGAGUUGAGACGACAAAGCUUAGUCAAUUCAACGCGUAAAAGUUUAAAGAAGAUUCGCAAUGAUUCUGAUAUUCGAACGAAAUCUGAAGGCGAUAAAGACACUCUCUACAUGAAAGCCGACAGCACAGAAACUCAAUCAACUGAAGACGAGAAUCGAAUUGAAAGUGAGCCUCAAAUUGAAAAGAAGAAACUCGAAAAGCAGCCAAGUUUAUUUGAGAAGCGUUUUGGGAAAUUGAAGAAAAUGAAUAAGUUGUUAAAAGUUAAAAGGUUCAGCACGUCGGCUUUAUACGAUCAGAAGAAAGCGAAUGAAUCAAGCACGGUAAAAGGAAAAGAAGUGCAACCUCCCGCAUUGUCUGCACUGUCACAAAUCAGUGAUUUUGCUUCUUCGAAGACAUCACUCGCAUCACCUAAAUCACUGAAAGGAAAACGUUUUCUUCUUAAGAAGCGAAAGUUUUCAUUUUUUGGAAAAUCUCAAUCGAACAAUGAUUUAAAUAUCAACUUGAAGUCUCUCGCUUCGAAACUUUCACUGCUUUCAAAGUCGAACUUUGACUUAAGUAAGAACAACAGUAAUCUUCGACUUAACGCUGUUGGGAUUUAUGGAAAAUAUGGAGCAUCAAAUGAGUAUCGUAGCGAUAUAAUAACAAAGCAACAUGGAUGCACAUCGCCACUUUCAGAAGCAUUUUACAACGCCACAGGAUCUUACCAACUCACCCCAAUGGAACUAUUUGAGAAGUUUUGUUCACAAGACUUCACCGGACUUUACAAACAUGAACCGAUUAGUGAUGGCGAUGAAAAGAUAACUAUCGACACAGGAAAUCAUUCUUAUAAAGGUGCUAUCAAGAAAUCAAGUAGUUUAAGAAAGGCAACGCUCCUCAAACAGAACAGUGAACCGAAGUUUAGUAUGAAAAGUUAUCCACUUGAUAAUUAUUUUACAAAUCCGCAAGAAGUUGUUGAAGAAGAAGAGAUUGAAAGUGGUGAGAACGACGAGAAUGAUGAAUUUUCUUCUUAUAAUGUGAUGAAUCGAAGAUCUUCAUAUGGUCGACAAUUGGAAUUUGAUCAGAAUGAUCAAUAUUUUGAAGACCCUGAUGACCAAUAUUACAUUUCAGAAGAUCCCGAAGAACUUUAUCAAAAUCAAGAAGAAGAUGUUGACGAAAUUUAUUUGAUGCCAAAUCAAAGAUACGAUGGCAGUGGAUAUCUUAGAAAUUCUGACGAGAUUUUAGCUAUUGAUGAAACAGAUGAAGAAAUUUUAGAAGAUUCUGAAGAGUUACUUAAAGAAUUUGAAGGAAGUAAAGAAUCGAAAGUUCAUUUUGAAGAUGAGAAAGAUAAACUUCGUGCGAUUUACGAAAUUUGUCCAAAGGAUGGCGAAUUGAAUGAAACAGAAAAUAUUGAAGAUGAAGAUAACAAUUUAAAGACAAUUAUCAGCGAGUAUGUUAAGAAUGCUUGCACUUCAAUCACUGAUGACAGCAUUGGAAGAUCAAAUUCAAUGGAUUUAUUGAGUAACUCAAGUGAUACAAUGAAAUCAAAUAGUAAUUCAGAAUACGCAUUUGAUACAGUCAAACAAAUAAACUUAGACAGUUGUAGCACAUCAAAACUUAGCUUAUCCCUCAAUAGCGAUAUAUUUGAUGAUAUAACAUUAGCUCCCCCCCUUGAUCAAGCUAUUAAAACAAUAAAGAUUUGUGAAAUGGAUGAUUUUACACUUACACCCGAUGGGUCGAUGUCAGAGAACAAUAAUGAAGCGAAAGCUGCGAAGCAAUUAAGCGAACAGGAUAAAAUAAGAAAUGAACUUCACAGUGAGUACACAAUAAUUGAUUGUGAUGAGUUGGAGCAUGAUGGGGAUUUUGAAGUUAUGAGAUUUAACGAUGAAAAGUCAUCGUUUGCUGAAGCAUUAAACAAGGAAUUUGAUAAACUUUUCACACGAGCUAAGAACGACAGCGAUACUGAUAUUACGACAACGCCAUCAGUCGCGACUGUUUUAACAGCGAUUAAAAUGCCAUCCCGAUGUUCCAUGGAAAAAUUGGAAGCUUUACCGUUCGAAUAUGAUCAAGAAACACUCAUUGGUAGUGUGAAGGAAGAGAAGGAGAAACCUUCAGUUCCACUCUUAUCACAAUCAAUGACAUCAACAACCCUUCAUCAAUCGAUGUCUACAAAAAAGCAAGAGUCAGCAAAAAAUAAAUCCAAACGGAGCGUGUCGCUUGGAGCGAUUCAUAAGAGAAAAUCAAAUAAGUGCACUCCGCUGUAGAUGCUUUUAUGGAUGUUUUCAUGUAAUGGAAAGGAAGAAAUUAAUUUGUUCGUAGUGCAAUAUUUAAUGGUUGAAAAUGUUUUGUAACAUCAGCAAGAGAAGAAAGAAAAAAAGAGAAUUGAAAAUUGCAUUUAACCAAAAAGUGUACUAACAGAAAGUCAGUAGCUUUAACCACAGACUAUUAUCGUGGAACAUUUAGUGGUGAAAAAUUUUUACUUAUACGUUUUAAGUUCAAACGGACGUCACAUGGAUAGCGAUGGCGGAUAGAACUUUUUAAAAUUCAUUCGGAAUUCGUAAUUAAAAUUGAAAUGAAAAGAUAUUAAACAUUUUAAAUGUUGAUGAUACUUAGAUGGAAUGGAUAAGAAAAAAAAUAUUAAAAUCGUGUUAAUUAUAUUAAUACAUAUGACAUUUUUCCAAUUUAAUAAAAACUUACAGUCA